AUUCAAAAAUGGCGCGGUUGAUUAAUGUUGUGACAUUGUUGUUGUUAUUAUUCAGAAAUCGUUGUAUUUUAUCCAGUUAAAUGUGUUGUCGUUGAUAUUAUAACUUCUCGAAGUUAUCCAGAAAGUUCCAAAGCAGGGAGAGCUUGUAUAAAGAUGGAAUUUGAACAAUAUUUUCAAGAACUCCAAACGUGCGACGACAACUUGGCAGAUGAGGCAGAAUGCAACUACUUCGAUCUGAUCUGCUCAAAAUCUCAACAAUCCAUGCUUAGUUUCAAUGGUGCACAUAUACUGCCUCCUAUUCUUUCAGAAUCAGACAGACAAGCAAUGCGGGAGUUCAGGCGAAAAGCAGUCAAUUUAGAACGUAAAUUGUUUGAAUCAAGAAGAGAAAAAUAUUCUCACCUCCUGCUACAAGUCAUGGAACUGACAGAUAAUUGRCAGGCUUUGAAAGGGAGUGGAAGUAAUGUUGACAAAGUUGAAGCAGUUGAACAUUGGUCACCUACAACUCAGUCAUCACCAGAAAACUUACCAGUUGCAUCAUCAACAGGAAGCAAAACAGCCCAUGAAACAGUAAAAGAAUAUUUGGAAAUAAAACAAGCAAAGGAAAAUAGAAAUGAAGAGAAAAACAACCAAACUCACGAAAAGAAUAAAUUUAAAGACUAUAAAACUAAUGAUGAUGAUGCAAUGCAUUCAUUGAUUUAUCAGAAACCUAAAAUACACAAUUCAUCAUCUUAUCAUACUCAAAAUAUUGCCAAGAGCUUCAACUCUUCUCUCCAUAGUAAUACACCAAWAGAUUCAAGUAGAWGUGAAUCAGUUCAGAMUUCAAGGAYUAGUGCUUUGAUGGGUGGAAGUGURGGAUCUUCCAGUAGUACUCUGAAAGCAUCUUAUGAAAGUACAACUCCUGGUGAAGGAAUUAAUAGUAGGCAUGAUCUCUAUAGUCCAGCGGAUUCURUGGCAUCAACYGUUUUAUCUAUGGCAUUUACAGAUUCCAGUUUUGUUUCCCAGCAUUCUGUGCUGGAACAACCAUCAAAGUCUGCACAACGUCAGUUGAAUAUGGACCAGGCCAACCAUARACUUUAUGAAUCAUARCARCAUAAAGCUAACCCACUAACAAGCACUCCAACAGAUGUCCAUCAGCGCCAACAAAAGCAAAGACCAGCGACUAAGAAGAUUAACGCACCAACCAGCAGAACUAACACCUCAGGACGUGUGUAUACAAAYGCUGAUGCAGAACAAGACAAAGCUUUGGAAAAACUAGAAAUUAUGAAAAGAAAACUACUGCAGGAAAAGGAAAAACAAAUGCUUGUUCUAAAACAACAGGAAUUAGCGAGACUUCGCAAAGGAAAAGAUAGAUCACAAUUGGGACAUUAUCCAGAAGYGACAUCUGAGAUGGGUUCCCAGGGACACUUUUCAUCACGGCCUAAUACUAGUGAUAUGUACUCUAUUCCUGAGCAAAGCUUUGAAAAUUCAUCUUCGUUCAGACGAGAUGARCAUAAUGAAGUUGAAUCUGCAUCAGACAAAGAAAAUAAUGUUUACAAAGAGGAUAUGGARAAUUUACAACAUAAUGAUUACAAUGCAAAUCAUUUUGAACAAAAAAUACCUUACAAAAAUGAAGUUUAUGAUCUGCAAGAAAGGUUUUCAGGAGAAAUUGAUUCUAGGCCUAUAUCUGUGCAGUCUAAACAAAAUAUCAGUAAAGYAGACCGUAGGAAAUCAAGUCUUUAUGUCAGACAAGAGUUUCAAAAACAAUUUGAGAUUGAAGUGAAUAAGGAAAAUAAUGGGAAAGAUAAGUUCUGUAUURUGUCAGCAUAUGCCAAAGGCUUCAUGACCAGACGUCUCUUAAAAACAGAAAAAAUACAAACAAUUGCAAAGACCAUCAAGGACACAAGUGAAUUCUUAUUGGAUAUUUCUAAAGAAGGAACAACCUCUUAUCAGGAUAAAUCUUUACAGGAGAGAGUUCAAGCUCAGUUAUUUGCAGCCAAGUCCAAGCUGUAUGAUAUUUUCUUCACUGUUCCAGUGUAUGAAAGGAUGGCAUUCAUAUCUCAUUCCAGAAAUGCAGCUAAAGAAAGAGAGGACAGAAUGACUGCCAAAAAAACAGAAACCAAAAAGUUGACAAGAAAAUUAUCUGCUGCAACCAUGAAGGCCAUGCAACGAAGGCAAWGUGAAACUAGCUCAUCUUCUGAUGUAAAGAAAACUUCACCAUCCAGRCAGCUUGGUAAAAGAAAUAUGGACACCAGGGCUCUUAAGCCAGUGCAAAGUACCAAGUCACCCCAAGCUACUUUAAGGUCUCAAGUGAAAAGACGAUCCCUUGCUUCUCCUCUAGCACGGCGCAGUAUUGGCAAAAAGGUGACCAYCAAUCGUCCAGCUACAGCCUUAGCAACCAAAGUACCCUCUAAUAGAAAAUCCAUCGGUCGUUCAAGUACAGAAGCUGAUAGAUCAAUGCGACAGCCUAGAACGAGUCUCGACAACCGACCACUKUCUUCCAAACGUAGCAAAUCCGCCGCGGAAACCAGCGGCAGCAAUUCAAAAUUACCCGUGAAGAAACAUGGAAAUGGAGGUUUGACUUACAGAGUUUCUAAAGAAGAUWCGGAUAAUGAUAGACCCAAAAGCCGACCAUCUACUGCACCAUUCAAUGGCCCAUCUCARCCACCAAGCAAAAGGCAAACUGAAACUAGACCAAAGAGUACUAUGAGUACAAGAAGAGUUACUCGGGCAAUGGCUGCGCAGUUUAAUAAAC